AUGGUUUUACCAACACGUCAAAACGUUCAGAAGGUCCUUCAGCACUUUGAUCGCAAGGACGGUGUCAUUGUCGUCAAGGGCAAAGUACUUGAAGAACGCGACGACACCGACGUCGAAGUGGACUUUAGACAGGAGAGCUCCUUCUACUACUUGACCGGCGUCGCUGAACCCGGUUUCUAUGUCGCGAUUGAUGUCGCCACCCAACGCAUCCAGCUGUUUGCUCCUCCAGUCAAUCCUGACGAUGUUAUCUGGAUGGGCUUGCCCGACUCACUCGAAACACUUCAAGCCAAGUACGAUGUGGACGAAGCACUUUAUACCACGGACUUGGAUGCUCGUUUGAAGGCUGCUUCUGCCGUCUACACCAUUCCACAAUUCAAACUGUCCUUCGACGCACCUGUCAAGAUGGCCAGUGAGGAGGACAACAAGGCCUUGUAUGCUGCUAUCGCCGAAGCGCGUUGCGUCAAGGCCGACUGGGAAAUUGAGGCGAUUCGCAAGUCCAACAAGAUUUCUUCGGACGCUCACGUCAAGGUCAUGGAAGCUGUCAAGGCUGGCAUGAAUGAGUCUGAAUUGUACUCUGCCUUCCUCAAUGAAUCCAUCCGUCAGGGUGCUUUCAACCAAUCGUACCUGCCCAUCUUUGGUGCUGGCAAGAAUGCUGCUACUCUCCACUACAACAAGAACAACGCUACUAUCGAAAACGCCACCGAUUUGAUCUUGGUGGAUGCUGGUGCCGAGUACAACUACUAUACCUCGGAUAUCACCCGUACUUUCCCCGCUGGUGGCAAGUUCACCGACGAGGCUGCUACAAUCUACUCGGUCGUAUUGGAUAUGCAAAAGGCAUGCUUUGCAAAGCUGAAGGCUGGCGCUGUUUGGGAAGAUAUCCACACCGUCGCUCUUGAAGUUGCUUGUGAAGGUCUGGUCAAGGCUGGUAUCCUCAUUGGUGACAAGCAGGAACUGUUGGAUAAGGAUGUUGUGGCCGCCUUUUUCCCUCACGGAAUUGGCCAUAUGUUGGGUAUUGACGUUCACGACGUUGCAGCCUACUGCACCAGCGGUGAGCGUAUUAACCGACCCAGCUACCGCUACCUGCGCAUGCGCCGGACGCUUGCUGCAGGCAACGUCGUAACUGUCGAACCUGGUGUUUACUUUUGCGACUUUAUCAUUGACCCCGUGGUCAAGGCACCCGAAACCAGCAAGUACAUUAACGUCGAGAUGCUCAACAAGUACAAGUCUGUUGGUGGUGUUCGUAUCGAGGACAAUGUAGUUGUUACUGAGGAAGGUUACUACAACUUGACUACUGCACCAAAGGAGAUUGCUGAAAUCGAGGCUCUUAUGGCCGAGGCUUCUUCUAAGAAGCGCAAGCUCGAGUAA